GCUUACUCUCAAAACUUGCAAGCACCAAGCAAACCAGAAAGAACUAAGAAACAGAGUUUCGAGCGUAUAUUCAUCAGCAUGGCCUCCGUUCAAUGCCAAAAAACCUGCGAACAAAGCUGCCAACAGAAAAGCCAGCCUGGUUUUGGGCACAAGGUGGCUGACUUCUUCAAAGGGCACCAUAAUGAGGCCUCCAAAACCCACACUCACACCCAAACCCUUUCCCACUCAGCCCACACCAACACUAAAACACACUGCGGUUGCACCCAAACAAACGCCACUCAUCAUCACUCCAACACAAAAAACCAAGGCAGAAACAAGAGGGAGCACAAGAAAGGUCUGCUGCACAACAUCAAGGAUCGCUUCUCUGAUCACAGCAGUGAUGACAGCAGCGACAGUGAGAGCGACAACGAAAGUUGCCACAAGAGGAAGGAUUGAAGUUGAGAAGUUGUACUAAUAAUAAUUGGAGUUCGAUCGCAACUCAUAGGUGUGAUGUGGAGAUUGUGGUCCAUUAUAAAAUAAAUAAAAAACUAUACCAAAGAAGAAACUAAAUAAAAGUACCUAAAAAUAAAUAUGUAAACCGAUGUACUUUAGUUAUGGUGCAAGUCUGAGAUCGAGACAUUGAGACCUAUCUAAAGUAAAUGCAUGUACUAUGAUAUAUAUUCCACCUUCCUAUUAUGAAUAAAACUGUGCGGUGUUAAAAUCUA